UAGUUCGACGUUGCGGACAUAUUUGAUUUAUCUUCUCUCUUCCAUCCAAACACCAACAGAAUUUGUUUAUCAUCGUCCUCGGUUAGAUUUUUUUUUUUCUCCACAAAUAACAUCUGCUCGACAGAUUUUUUUUUGUCGCAGAGACCACAGACAGCACCAUGGCCUCCAAAAUAAACGAAGCCCAUGAACACAUCGCCAAAGCGGAGAAAAAUUUAAAGACAAGCAUGACAAAGUGGAAGCCAGAUUUUGACAGUGCUGCAUCAGAAUAUGCCAAAGCUGCGGUGUGCUUCAAGAAUGCCAAACAGUUUGAGCAGGCUAAGGAUGCCUACCUGAAGGAGGCAGAGUACCACACUGAAAAUAAAGCCUUGUUUCAUGCAGCAAAAGCAAUCGAACAAGCAGGUAUGAUGAUGAAGGACUUGAAGAAGAUGCCUGAGGCGAUCCAGUACAUAGAAAAAGCCAGUAUGAUCUACGUAGAGAACGGUACUCCAGACACCGCUGCUAUGGCUCUGGACAGAGCCGGGAAACUUAUCGAGCCUGUGAGUUUAGAGAAAGCUGUGGACCUGUAUCAGCAGGCUGCCGGUGUGUUUGAGAAUGAGGACCGCCUACGUCAGUCAGCUGAGCUCCUGGGGAAAGCUUCCAGACUGUUGGUCAGAUUACGCAGACUGGAUGAAGCAGCAACCGCCCUUCAAAAAGAGAAGAACAUGUAUAAAGAUAUAGAGAAUUAUCCCACUUGCUUUAAGAAAACAACAGCACAGGUGUUGGUUCAUCUUCACAGAAAUGACUUUGUGGCUGCAGACAAGUGUGUCAGAGAGAGCUACAGCCUCCCAGGGUACAGUGGGAGUGAAGACUGCGUGGCCAUGGAGACGUUGCUGCAGGGAUAUGACGAGCAGGACGAGGACCAGGUGCACCGCGUGUGUCACUCCGCUCUGCUGAAGUACAUGGACAAUGACUAUGCCAAGCUGGCCAUCUCCCUGAAGGUUCCUGGAGGAGGAGCGAAGAAGAAGACUGCAAAGCCGCCACAGGGGGGCGCCGGAGCGCCUGCUGCUUCCGCCGAGGACGACGACGACUACGAGGGAGGGCUGUGUUAGCCGCAGAAAACACUGACCGCUAUAUACACACAAUGCUAAACACACCAGGAAGUCCUGCUCAUUGAGGUGAAACUCUCAGAAUAUGUUGCUCCCCCCUGAACUAGACCCCAAUAUGUUACUCCCCCCUGAACUAGACCCAAUAUGGUGCUCCCCCCUGAACUAGACCCCAAUAUGUUACUCCCCCCUGAACUAGACCCAAUAUGAUGCUCCCCCCUGAACUAGACCCCAAUAUGUUACUCCCCCUGAACUAGACCCCAAUAUGUUACUCCCCCUGAACUAGACCCCAAUAUGUUGCUCCCCCUGAACUAGACCCCAAUAUGUUGCUCCCCCUGAACUAGACCCAAUAUGUUACUCCCCCUGAACUAGACCCAAUAUGGUGCUCCCCCUGAACUAGACCCCAAUAUGUUACUCCCCCUGAACUAGACCCCAAUAUGUUACUCCCCCUGAACUAGACCCAAUAUGUUACUCCCCCUGAACUAAACCCAAUAUGUUACUCCCCCUGAACUAGACCCCAAUAUGUUACUCCCCCUGAACUAGACCCCAAUAUGUUGCUCCCCCUGAACUAGACCCCAAUAUGUUACUCCCCCUGAACUAGACCCAAUAUGUUGCUCCCCCUGAACUAGACCCAAUAUGUUACUCCCCCUGAACUAGACCCAAUAUGUUACUCCCCCUGAACUAGACCCAAUAUGUUACUCCCCCUGAACUAGACCCAAUAUGUUACUCCCCCUGAACUAGACCCCAAUAUGUUGCUCCCCCUGAACUAGACCCCAAUAUGUUACUCCCCCUGAACUAGACCCCAAUAUGUUACUCCCCCUGAACUAGACCCAAUAUGUUACUCCCCCUGAACUAGACCCCAAUAUGUUACUCCCCCUGAACUAGACCCAAUAUGUUGCUCCCCCUGAUACUAGACCCAAUAUGUUGCUCCCCCUGAACUAGACCCCAAUAUGUUACUCCCCCUGAACUAGACCCAAUAUGUUGCUCCCCCUAUACUAGACCCCAGUAUGUUACUCCCCCUAUACUAGACCCAAUAUGUUGCUCCCCCUGAACUAGACCCCAAUAUGUUGCUCCCCCUAUACUAGACCCCAGUAUGUUGCUCCCCCUAUACUAGACCCAAUAUGUUGCUCCCCCUGAACUAGACCCCAAUAUGUUACUCCCCCUGAACUAGACCCCAAUAUGUUACUCCCCCUGAACUAGACCCAAUAUGUUACUCCCCCUGAACUAGACCCCAAUAUGGUGCUCCCCCUGAACUAGACCCAAUAUGUUACUCCCCCUGAACUAGACCCCAAUAUGUUACUCCCCCUGAACUAGACCCCAAUAUGUUGCUCCCCCUAUACUAGACCCCAAUAUGUUACUCCCCCUGAACUAGACCCCAAUAUGUUACUCCCCCUGAACUAGACCCCAAUAUGUUGCUCCCCCUAUACUAGACCCCAAUAUGUUACUCCCCCCUAGAACUAGACCCCAAUAUGUUACUCCCCCUGAACUAGACCCCAAUAUGGUGCUCCCCCUGAACUAGACCCAAUAUGUUACUCCCCCUGAACUAGACCCCAAUAUGUUACUCCCCCUGAACUAGACCCCAAUAUGGUGCUCCCCCUGAACUAGACCCAAUAUGUUACUCCCCCUGAACUAGACCCCAAUAUGUUACUCCCCCUGAACUAGACCCCAAUAUGUUACUCCCCUGAACUAGACCCCAAUAUGUUACUCCCCCUGAACUAGACCCCAAUAUGGUGCUCCCCCUGAACUAGACCCCAAUAUGUUGCUCCCCCUAUACUAGACCCCAGUAUGUUACUCCCCCCCAAACUAGGUAUCUAAUUCCCUCCAGUCCCCUCAGUGUGAAACAUGUCGAUAACAGUGAAGUAUACCCUUCCUAUGUGUGGAUCCAUCUUCUUUAAUUCAUUCACAUCAAACAUCCUCUCCUUUUCCCCCCAAAAAAAACUAGAUUAAAUUCCAAGUGAAGAAGGAUAGUUUUGACUAGGUCUAUAUCUAUACGAUAGAUAGUAUUUUACUUUGUCUACUGGUUAAUUCAGUGUAACAACGACAUAUCACCUGUGUGUUUUCAGAUGUCUAUUGAACAUAACUUCCAUUGUUGUAAAUGUUCAUAUUUUGUUGAUCAGGAAUUCUCUUUAACUGUCAAUCAGGGUUGUCAAACUAAUUUUGGUCCGACGAGCCGCAUUCGUUCUUCACCGUGGUCCGGAGGGCUGCACUUUAGAAUUGGUUAUAUUUGCAAAAUCAUCCAUCUCUUAUGGAUGAUAAAUCAUCCGUCUCUUUUGGAAAUUCGAUGCUCCCUGACUGUCUUUGCUUUUGUUUCAAUUGCUGUUAGCACGUCGGACAGAGUGAAGAGACUAUAGAUGUAGGCUCGUUGUCACUUCUACAGUUUAAAUUGCUGUUAGCAUGUCGGACAGAGUGAAGAGACUAUAGAUAUAGGCUCGUUGUCACUUCUACAGUUUAAAUUUAGUUUGAGGUUGUUUUCUUCACCCCCACCUUGAAAAGAAAAAGGAUCUGAAUGGGCUCGAGGACCGGAUCCGUGUGAUACCCCUGCUGUAUAUGGUGCAGUUUUUCUAGGUAUGUGUACAGAUAAAAAAAUAUUAAUAUAUUGUUUAUAUUGUAGUGACUGAUCAGUCUUAUUGUCAUAUAGAGUGGGGAAAUAAAAAUAUAUAUAUAUAUAUAUAUACUACCGUUCAAAGGUUUAGGGUCACUUAGAAAUGUCCUUGUUUUUGAAAGAAAAGCUUCUUUUUUGUUUGGUCCAUUAAAAUAACAUCAAAUUGAU